CCGCAUCGCGGCUAUCGUUAUCUCCCCUCCUCUAUUCCGCCGGUUGCUCGCCGAUUGGCGCUGCCGAGCAAACCGCGACAAAAACAAGUGAAAAUCAGACGGAGUGAGUCACUUUGAGUGCGUCGAACAAUCAGGUGUUUCGUUUUCCAGUAAUCCCGGAGCUCUUCAGAAUCGGACGUUUAUUAUUUUUCGCUUAAGAAGCACGUCCUUCUCUCUCUCUCUCUCUCUCUCUCUCUCUCUUUCCUCUCACUCAUCUCCCACUUAUGUUUCAUUCCAACAUCCACCUCGUAAAAUUAUAAAUUUCACGAGAAAGAGUGCUUGUCGACAGCUAUUCGCAGAGCUAUCUGGCGACGUCACCGUCGCACCUGUUCUAUCCCUUCAACUCAAUCCCAAACCCAAAUUUCUGUCAUCAAACGGCAGUCGCGAGGAAUUUCUGACGUGAAUACGCGAACAAACAUACACACGUAUUAUCUUAUCCGGUAUAUCGAGUGUCUCGUGAUACGAUCGCCCUGGUAAUAAUUAACGGCUAGGUGUGCGCCGCAUCGUCGGAGAAUUGCAGCUCGCCUAUCGUCCGCUCCCCCCUCCCCCCUUCCCGAGCGGCGCACUUUUAAUUCGUUCUCCACGGUCUGCAUCCGACGACGAGAUUUCAACAUGGGCGUUGAGGACAAGAUGUCGGAGAAGAACCCUGAGAUGAGGGAAACUGCCGCUAGGAUCUGUCGAGACUACCUGCAUGGCGUAUGGAAACAUAUUUCAGCAGAAAACAUUAUUCUUAAACGUAUCAGCGGUGGUCUCAGUAACUGGCUGUACAACGUCCAGCUGCCCGAAGGAACGGUGCCGAUCAGAGGAGAACCUCGCCAAGUUUUGAUACGUCUCUACGGACAGGUACACGGAGAGAGAGCUUUGGAAGGACUUAUCACAGAAUCUGUUAUUUUUACUCUGUUGUCUGAGAGAAAGCUUGGUCCCAAAUUACAUGGAAUUUUUCCUGGUGGUCGCAUAGAGGAGUAUAUACCAGCCCGACCUUUGCUCACGAAGGAGCUGGCGGAUUCGACAUUGAGUCUAUUGAUCGCGGAGAAGAUGGCACAGAUACAUACAAUGCAGAUACCAAUCAGCAAAGAACCCACGUGGAUAUGGGACACGAUGAACAACUGGCUUAAUAUGGCGACGGAUAUUCUCGAGAAUAGCGACGACAUUGAUAGCCGGCAAUUGGAAAAUAUUCGUCUAAUAAAAUGUUUGAAUCUGGAGAAAGAAAUCAAUUGGCUCGAAACAAUUGUGAAGCAACAUAAAUACCCAGUUACUUUUUGCCACAACGACAUGCAGGAGGGGAAUAUACUUUUACUUCAAAAUACGCGAAAGCCCAAGUUAGUACUUAUUGACUUCGAAUAUUGUUCCUACAACUAUCGGGGAUUUGAUAUCGCCAAUCAUUUCGCCGAAUGGUUAUACGACUACACAGCAUCGGAAUAUCCUUUCUUUCACGAACAUACGACCGCUGGCCCCACGAAGGAGCAAAAGCUCAACUUUAUAAAAACCUACCUAAGAACGUUGGGGAAAGAAGGAUCUGUGGAGGAGGAACGCGUCAUGGCUGAAGUAAGAGUAUUUUCGCUAGCUAGUCACUUGUUCUGGAGUCUCUGGAGCAUCGUAAACGCAAAACUCUUACAGAUUCCAUUUGGCUAUUGGGAUUACGCCGCCUCCAGGUUGAAGAAUUAUAUGUAUUUAAAGGAAAAGUUUAUUAUCUCUGGACCACCAGCCUCGGAUGACAGCCUGAAGAGAAAAUCUAUGGAUAUAGAUUGAAGGAACAAAAUUGAGUAAGAGAAGAUGCAUUUGCAAAUUUAUAUAAAAUUUCGCUACACGCUAGCUACCUUUAUUUAGUCCAUCGAUUCUAUCCGAUGGCGUUAAUAAUCUUUGACGAGCGGCGAAA